UUUGGACUGAGAAAUUCUCCCUUUUUUUAUUUUUCCUUUGCCUUUUUCUCCUUUGCAGCAUUUCUCUGCUUCCUUUAAAUAAUGAAUAUGGCAGAUUCUCCAAUCAUCUCCUCCACUCUGUAGGAAACACACAUAAUUGCACCCAACAACCAAAUCCUUUUCACUAUAUAGACAGACUCCUCUUAUCUCACUUCAAAAAUAUAUUCAUCACCUUUUCUUCUCUUGAGAAAAAAAAAAAAAAAAACUUCAUGAUGAGUCAUUCUUCAUCUACAACUUCUGUUAAUGGAUUCUACAACUUCUUAACUAGAGGACUUGACAAUCUUGAUCACUUAUUCCUAUCUCAAAACUUCAUGUCUUUUCAUUUUCUUCAACAUGUUUUGUCAUCUUUAAGGUCUUUUCAUUCCCAAUUAACAUUACUAGUCCAAAAGUUACAUUUGCCUGUUGGAGAAAAAUGGCUUGAUGAGUAUAUGGAUGAAAGUUCAAGGCUUUGGGAAGCUUGCCAUGUUCUUAAAUCAGCAAUCACAAGCAUGGAGAAUUAUUACACUGCUGGUGCUAAUUUUGCUUCUUCUCUUGAUGAUCACCACAUUUUAAAUCCCCUGCUUUCCCGCCAGGUUAUUCGAGCGAUAAAUCGAUGUCAGAGGGAAAUAGUAGGGCUUGAAGAAGAGAACAAGAGCUUAAUGGAAACAAGAAUGCAAGAUUUAUCAUUGAAUUUCGACGAAAAUGUUCUGAUAGGAUCAAAAUUCAAUGGAUUUAGUGGGUUCAGAGGAGUGCUUUAUGCAAUGAAGAAUGUUAGUUCAUUGCUUUUGGUUAUUUUACUAAGUGGACUUGUAUAUUGUUGGCCACAAACAAGUUUUUACCAAAAUGGUAGUCAUGAAGGGAACAUGGUUUUUGGUUCAUCUUUUAUGGUUUCAACUUCAAGAUUGUAUCAAAGAGUUGCAGCAGAGGUGAAUCAGGCUGAAGGACAACUCCCAGGGAUCCUACUUUUCGAGUAUCGGAGAGCAAGAGUUGCCAUGGCUGAGCUGAAAAUUGAACUAGAAAGAGCUAAAGAAUGUGGAGUAGUAUUGUCACAAGUUGAUAUCCAUGAUAAGAUUGAAAAUUUGAAAGAUUGCUUUGGAAUGUUGAAAUGUGGGGCAGAAAGCAUCAUUGGCCAACUUGAUGACUUCUUUGAUGAAAUAGUUGAAGGAAGAAAGAAACUUUUGGACUUGUGCACUCAUAGGUAAUUUAAAGACACAUAUGUGCCUUAAUUAGGAGAUGCUAGAAAUGUAACAAUAACUUAGUGGGGUAGUUUUUUUUACAUCUUUAAAAUGUCAUUUUCCCUAUUUUGCAGCUAAAGUUUAGUCUUGAAAAACUUUAGGAGGAAGUUUUCUCUGUCAAGUAAUGCAUGAAUAUUAUUAUCCUCAAGGGAAAAAAAAAAUAAACCAGAAUGUGAUUCUUCCUUUGAAUAAAAGUAGACAUUAUAAACA